UGUUGAUUUCACUGGUGGGCGCUGUUUUGAGAAAAUUAUCCAGAUGCGCUUCUGCUGCCGUCACACUUUCAGAUCUUUUAUGUAACUUAAUCCAUUCAACUAUCGAUGAUUUCUGUCUGUUUUGAUCGAGAAAGAAGCUUCUGAAACGAAGGACAGUGUCUCGAUGGAGAGAGAUGAUGGCGACUUCCUCCCUGAGCCAUCAGAGGACUCUCAGUCCCUGCGAGGAAGUGUGGCUUCCUCAGUCACCAGAGCUCAGGAUUUGUUGGUGUACUUGGCGAGUGACAGUGCAGUGCACUUGACUUUGGAGGGUCUCGGCUGCAUGAAUGCACAGGAGCUCGGCCGCAAUGUCCGGGAGGCUCUCAACAUUCCCAACUCUGCCGUAGAUGUGUUUGCUUUCUGGUUCUGCUCUCCUUUGCUUGACCUGCAGUUGAAGCCGAAACAUCUUCCCUACAAGUUGUGUCGUCAGUGGCAGGACCUGCUGUACCGCUUUACUGAGGCCCCCGCCGAAGACAUUUCUCAAGAUGAGCCAGUUCUGAUGUACAAAAGAAAUGUUUUUUGUCCCAGGUCAAAAGAACUUCAGAUUGAAGAUGGAGGAGUGUUAAGGUUGCUUUAUGACGAGGCAAAGAUGAAUAUCUUGGAGGGUCGAUACCCCUGUGACCCUGAACACUGGCUGACGUUGGGAGCGUUGUCCUGUGCUGUCGAGCUGGGGACUGGGCUGGAUGACCAGGCUCUAACAGCGGCAAUCAGAGAGAAGAAGCUGUCCUCAUUUCUUCCAGCCCACGCUGCAUUAGGAGGAGGAGGUUUUCUGUCCACACUAAGGGGGAGAGGAGGGCGGAAUACCGAGAUGGAGCAUAAUCUCAUAAAGGAGUAUCGCACGGUCUGCUCCUCUGCUGCCACCGGACCCAGCCAGGAGCCUGUUGCUUUGCUGCACCAGUACCUCAAGAGCUGCCACACACUGCCUUACUACGGAUGUGCUUUCUUCGUGGGUGAGAUAGACAAGCCAGCCCAGGGCCUCCUUCACAGAGGUGGCCGUAAGGCUGUGAGUGUGGGCAUCAGUCUGGAAGGAGUGUAUGUCAUGGAUGUGAAAGAGAAGCAUGUCCUCCUGGGUCUCAAGUUCAGUGAGCUGUCCUGGGAUCACAGCUAUCCAGAGACUGAGGGAGACUCGCAUAUACUCUGGCUGGAGUUUGAUGGAGAGGAGGCUGGCGUGCAUGUCAAUAAGUUAUUAAAAAUUUAUUCAAAACAGGCCGAACUUAUGAGUGGACUCAUUGAGUUUUGUGUGGAGUUACGCUCUGUUGGUGAGUCUGCAGCCGCGGGUACUGACGGUGAGGUCACGCCUUCCCAAGAACCUACGGGUCAGGAAACCAAUGAGAAAACUCGAGAGCGUCGACAGGGGAAACUGCGGAGACAGAGCAGCGUGGUCUGUAGUCGAGUCCAUUCACUCAACACCAUCAGCUAUGUUGAUGACGGCAAGGAGAUUAAACGUCUAAAGCCCAAAAGAGCUGCUUCUUUCUUCACGCGACAGGCGCAGCCUCCCACUUACUCGGCUGUUCAGGUGACUGAAAGUUUAGAGCAAGGGUGAGCCCCGGCUUCAACACUGCCCUCUUCUGCCCGGUGACCAAAACUACAUCUGUCCAUUGAGAUCCUUAGAGACGCAGUGCAAAACCACCUGAAUGGACAGAUCGGACCAAGAUCACAGACCGAAGAGCUAAACCACUAUUUAUAGAUGGUUUGAGCAUUAUGUCACAGGUUAAAGUUAACUUUGUUGGCUGUUAAAAAAAACCAAUGUGAAAUUUGCUUCAGUUAUGCUUUCCUGUCAAAAUAAUUUAUGGACAUUAUGGUGCAAAUGUAAGGCUUUGAGAAGAUCUGAAAGCUCUGUUUAGGUCACAGUUCUGAAUGUAGAUUCUACUAUGCAACCAUUAAACCAAACUACAUCCCAGUGGCUGUAAAUCAAGACUACAGCAGUUCAGCACUUUGAUCCAUGCCACUAAUACAGCUAAAACUAGACCUUCUGCACCAAAGCGAACAGUCAAUGCCUCUAGUAUAGGACGACCGCUCUUAUACACUAAACCAGGGCCGCAGUCUGUGGCAAAGCAUUGCAAAGACGGCAUAGAGUGAGAUUAUGACAUUCUGCGUCACUUGUCUACUGAAUGUGUUUGUUGUUUUGGCUGUCUGUUUAUUGUUGGGCUUGUUUGCAUAUGCCGACUUCUACUGAGCAACAAGGUCAAAUUGAUUUUUUUUUUCUUUUUGUGUUCAUUGGUGACCAAAGUUAAAUCAUGAAACAACAUGUUGAGUGUUGUUCACUACCUUGUUGCUCUGGAGAAUCAUGCCUUUCUGAUGGCGUGCAAUGUAAUGCUCUGCUGAAAACAAUCCAGGUCUGCAUUUUUAAAGCAGAGAGAACUUUAAUUAAUACAUCAAAUCACCAGUUGUGUAGGUACUUGAUGAUCAAUCAGUGAUGUAUUUCUAUUUAGUAAUGCUUUUCAAACAGUGUAUGACACCCUAAGCAUUGUACUGUAUUUCCAGGCUUUCAGAACUUGAAUGUACCUAUCUAAAUGAAAUGUAUCUGAUUUUUUACUAAAUUAUUGGCAAUGCAGGGCCUGACAUUAAUGUUUGUUCAGGAUAAUUGCUAAAAAUGUCAAAGGAAGUUGUUUAAUCUGGUAACUAAAGUGUCAUGCUAAUUGUCAGGUGUCAUAGUUUAUCUGAUCGUAACAUCUGGUCUUCAGUGUCCAGUUACUGUGGCAUCAUCAUCAAACAAUACAAGACCAGUUGUCUGAAUUGUGCAAAAAUUAUUGAAUUAAUGUUCAUUAUGCAUCCUGUUUUGGUAUUAAUAUGCACUGUUGUUUUACAAGUGACUUAAACGUUCAAGUUUCUGUAAACACUUAAUGUCAAGCCUUGCAUUAAUAAGUCUUCAGUUACCAAACACAAUUCUGUAUUUAUCCAUGCAUGACAUCUGUUGUCUUAAAUAGAUUUUGUGGUGUGCAUGUUUCUGUAA